AUGGUUAUAAAUGGGUCCCACCUGAACAGCUCCGCGCCGGACCCCGGUGACUCCGUCCUGAACCGCCCGCCGUGGGUCACCACAACUUUGGGCUGCUUUCUCAUCUUCACCAUCGUCGUCGACAUCCUGGGAAACCUCCUGGUCAUCUUCUCCGUGUAUCGGAACAAGAAGCUCCGGAACGCAGGGAACAUCUUUGUGGUGAGCCUGGCAGUGGCAGAUCUUGUGGUGGCCAUCUACCCAUACCCUCUGGUCCUCACCUCCAUCUUCAACAAUGGCUGGAACCUUGGCUACGUCCACUGCCAGAUCAGCGGCUUCCUCAUGGGCGUCAGCGUCAUCGGCUCCAUCUUCAACAUCACCGGCAUUGCCAUCAACCGAUACUGUUAUAUCUGCCACAGUCUCAAGUAUGAUAAACUGUACAGUGACAAAAACUCUGUUUGCUAUGUGAUGCUAAUCUGGGCGCUGACUGUGGUUGCCAUCGUGCCCAACCUGUUUGUGGGUUCGCUCCAGUAUGACCCACGGGUUUACUCCUGCACAUUUGAGCAGUCGGCCAGCUCGGCGUACACUAUUGCAGUGGUUUUCUUUCACUUUAUAUUACCCAUCAUGAUUGUCACAUACUGCUACCUGCGCAUUUGGAUACUAGUCAUACAGGUGCGGAGACGGGUCAAGCCAGACAACCGGCCCAAGCUCACGCCGCACGACGUGAGAAACUUUGUCACCAUGUUCGUGGUGUUUGUGCUUUUCGCCGUCUGCUGGGCUCCGCUCAACUUCAUCGGCCUGGCCGUAGCAAUCAAACCAGAGGUGGUGGUUCCGCUCAUCCCUGAGUGGUUGUUCGUAGCCAGCUACUUCAUGGCCUACUUCAACAGCUGCCUUAAUGCCAUCGUGUAUGGUGUGCUGAACCAGAACUUCCGGCGUGAGUACAAACGCAUUGUAGUGUCAGUGUGCACGGCACGCAUCUUCUUACAAGACAGCUCCAACGAUGCAGUGGAGAGGCUCAAGAGCAAACCUUCACCGCUCAUGACCAACAAUAACCAGGUCAAGGUGGACUCUGUCUGA